GUUGUAAGCUGAAUCAAAUCGAGCUGGCUAAAAUAAUUCGAGCGCAAUUGUAAAUUAUUUUUGUGAGAUUUUGUUUAAAGCGCUAUGGCGGCAACCGUAGAGGAGGAAUCCACAGCGAAGACAGCCGUUACGAACGAAGAGGAUCCACUUGGAGAGGAGCGACUCGGCUAUGUGCGAGAAGUUGGCGCGCAGGCCGUUUGGAGCUUGUCCUCCUGCAAGCCAGGCUUUGGCGUUGAGCGAUUGCGAGACAACAUAAUGGAUACAUACUGGCAGUCGGAUGGUCAAUUGCCACAUUUGGUCAACAUACAAUUUCACAAGCGAACGAACAUCAGCCAGAUAUAUAUAUACACCGAUUACAAGCUGGACGAGAGUUACACACCUUCUCGCAUCUCCAUACGAUCCGGGACGAACUUCAAUGAUCUGCAGGAGCUGCAAGUAAUUGAUCUGACCGAGCCGAACGGUUGGGUCCAAAUACCCAUCAAGGAUGGCAAUGUGAAAUCCCUGCGCACCUUCAUGCUCCAGAUUGCCGUCAUUUCGAAUCAUCAGAACGGUCGGGACACACACAUGCGACAGAUUCGUGUCCACGCCCCCUGUGGCGGCGAGGGCAAACAUUAUCCUUUGGAGCUAUUUGGCAAAUUCGGUUCUGUUGACUUCCAAAAAUUUGCUACCAUACGUUAAUUAAAUAUGUGUACAAAUAGGUUAACUAGCAAUUAUACAUCCUCAAUUUGUCUCUAUUGUGUACUUAAAUUAAGUUUUCUGAAAUACAAAUAUUCUGUGGAA